AUGCCGAUAUCAAGUUUCAGAGAGAAGACAAAAUUAAUAGUACCUGGACACAUUCCGACCGACUACUAUUAUCAACAAGAUCAACAUGUGGAUAUAGGCGAAGAGACAACAUUGAUGAGAUAUACAUUGGCAGCAGCUAAAGUUGCAGCAGGUGGAGCUUGUCUUGCAGUGGAUCGUGUCCUAUUGAAUUCAAAUCAAUGUUGUAAUGCAUUUUGUGCAGUGCGACCACCUGGACAUCAUGCUGAGAGAUCUCGUGCAAUGGGAUUUUGCUUGUUCAAUAACAUUGCUAUUGCAGCAUUCCAUGCAAUUGAAGAGCAUGGAUUAGAUCGUGUUGCUAUUGUUGAUCUGGAUCUACAUCAUGGAAAUGGGACACAGGAUAUUGCAAGUCAGGAAUCAAGAUUACUAUAUGUAUCAAUGCACCAAGCAGCCCCAUGUUUUCCAAGCUCAGGACUUGCUGGUGAAAAAGGAAGGUAUGGAAACUUGCUGAAUAUUCCAUUGCGUGCACGAUGUACGGCUCAACUGUAUCGUCAGACAUUUGCAACAAAGGUCUUACCGCGUCUGCGCGAGUUUUGUCCGCAAUUGAUCAUGGUAUCAAUGGGUUUUGACGGGUCAUUGCGUGAUCCCUUAGGUGAUUUUCGAUUACAAGCCACUGACUUUUACUGGCUUACGAACGAGUUGUGUCAAGUAGCAUGGCAAUGCUGUGAUGGAAAACUUGUGUCGGUCAUGGAGGGUGGAUAUCAUCUUGGAGCUCUUGCAGACGGCGCGGAACAGCAUUUGUUAGCACUUGUACAUGGCUCGUGUCGUCCAGAUGGUCUUGCUUUUAUUGAAAAGCCAAAGUGA